AACUUUUCUUUGUAUCUCCCAUGUAAGCAAAUAAACCUGUAGUGAAUAUAUAAAUACUCUGAUGCUACUUUAAAUUUGUCAGUCAUUUUAGAAAGGACUAUAUAAAAAGGAAAGAUGAGUCUAAAAUCUCCGGAAAAACCAACAGGAUUCAAACCGCCACUUUUUACUAUACACGGACGUCAUGGCACCGACAUGCGAAAGCUAUCUACGACGAAACAAUACUACAGGACACCGUUUCCUUCGCAGAAGAAAAAGCCGCCUCCACAUUAUAAAUUUCACUACGACAGUGAAGUCAAAGGUUGGAGGGAAAGCCAAAAGGUCACUGCUUCACAUCGCUGGACUAAAGCUAAAGACGCUGUCAGAGUAGGAAAUUAUUUUAUUGGAAUCAGAAAGAAGCCUGACACUUUUUUGAACAUUGAUGUGAAGAAACUUGUGAAUGCCACGAAAAUAAAUCGCACAGCCCAGUCAGCAAGAACAAUGCCAGAUCCUGAUCUAACAGACGACACGGAACAGGAGCAGCUCGAGAGAACACUGACGGAGCCUACUCUCCUUCUAAAACCAUUUGAGAAGAACAAAGAGGAACCUAACGAUGGUGUCUGGAUAUGUCCUGUCUCUAUACGUGCCUCCGCUGAAAGAAUUAAAAGAUUUAAUUGGGAGCGACCAAAGACUGAAAGAAAAGUGUUGGUAGAAUCAGCCUCCAAGUAUCAGGCGAUAUAUCUGCAGAAACUGUUGAAAGAGAAAGACAAGGAGAUGAAGCUGAUUACAAACCAACUCAUCAAAUCAAACAAGGAAAACGUUGCUUUACUGAAGGAAUUAGAAGGGUAUAGAGGAAAGAAUUAUGAUGAACUUUAUGCAGAAAACAUCACAUUAAAGGAUCAGAUAUCACGUGCAUGUAGAGAGAAUGCAUUACUUGCUGGACAAGUGAGGAAGGAAAACAAUAAAACAUUACAAAAGUGGAAUGCAACCAGAACAGUGACAUAACAGUUUUUCUUUAAACACAACCACGUGACAAAAACGCUUUUCUAUGUAAAUAAUCAUGUAAACAAUUGUAAUUCUUCGAAAUGAAAUAAAUAACAAAUAAUU